CAGUUGACGUGCGAAGCGUGAGGCGACUUUAACGGCUUAGCCAACGAAAAGCGGUGCUAGUGGUUUGGCUGACAGCUAAACGGUUCUAUGAGUAGUAGCUGAUUGAGCUAGAAUAAGUGUGUGAUUUCUUUAAAGAUAAGCUUAAAUAAAUUUAAAAUUAAAUAAAAAUAAUUAAAAAAAAAGUAAAAAAUAAAAUUAAAAAAAUGGAUAAUCCAGCGUUUAUAAAGGACUUGGAAAGUGAUAUUGGCAAAGAAAAACAUGACAAAUCACAAGUGGCCUCACACACUUUCGAGGAAGCGCUCGCAUUGACAGGUGUCGGCCGUUUCCAUUAUGCAUUGACGCUAAUUUGUGGCAUUUGCUUCAUGGCAGUGAUGGCCGAAACGAUGGGCAUCAGCAUGGUAAUGCCGAUGGUAAAAUGCGAUCUGGCGGCGACACAAGCCGAGCAGGGCCUACUCGCGUCGGCUGGUUACUUCGGCGUUGUGAUGAGUUCGCAUAUAAUGGGCUUUCUGGCUGACACGUGCGGGCGUGUGCGUACGCUGCGCUACUCGUUAGUCUUGGCCACCGUAGCGACCAUCAUCUCGGCCUUCUCCGUCAACACUUGGAUGUUGAUCGCAUUCCGUUUCCUCAAUGGCUUCUUCAUUUCGGGCUGUCAGGCGUGUGUCUUCAGCUUGUGCGGCGAGUAUCAUAGCAAUAGAACGCGUGUACGCUAUGUAACGCUCAUGUCGAUCUUCUUGCCGUUUGCGCUAAUGUUUAUGCCAGGCAUUGGUCUUCUUAUUCUGCCAAUGAAACUGGAUUUCGUCAUAUUGGGUUUGAAAUUCGCUUCGUGGCGUGCCUUCUUUCUCGUCAACACAGUGUUAUCUAUUGGAGGCUUGAUAGGCCUUGCCACAUUAACCGAAACACCGAAGUACUUGUUGGUGCACGGGCAACACGAUGCUUCUCUGGAUAUACUGCGUCGAAUUUAUGCUAAAAAUACCGGCGAUAAAGCAGAUAAUUUCCCGGUGAAGAGUAUUGUUCUGCAGACGGGUGGCGCUGAUCUGUCAAAUGUUCAUGGUGUUAAGGAUGCACUGAAAAUUAUCUGGAGUCAGACAAUACCGCUAUUUUAUAAAGAACGCAUUUUGCACACAUUUAAUAUAUGUUUUUCACUCUUUUCGGUUUACGGCAUAUCUCAGGGGUUGUUCAUGUGGUUCCCUACAGUGCUCAAUGACCUCAUCGCCAAAAAUGGUCAAGAUCUCAAAGUAUGCAGUGUCAUUAGUAGUAUGGAUAUGACAACACCGGCGGCGAGCAAUGACUGCAGCAACGCCUUGGACACUUUCAUGUUCGAAGUGCUGAUAAUGAUCGGUGCCGCUUUUACUUUGGUUUUCUUAAUAUUUUCCUACACCAUUGAUAUAGUUGGCAAGGUCAAUUUGUUGAUGAUUUGGCUCACGGUGUCCGUCGUUUGUGCGGCCGUCAUACAUUGGAUCUCGGACUUUGCCGCCGUUGUGAUCGUUUUAACGCUACUCAUGAGUGUUGGCAAUUGCGGUGGCAUCAUUGCCACCAUUUCGAUUGAGUUCUAUCCGACACAGAUCAACGCUAUGGGCAUGUGCUUUGCCAUGAUGAUCGGACGUUUGGGUUCUGUGGCAGGUGGCAAUAUCAUUGGCAUGUUCCUAUUUAAUUAUUGCGACAUUUUAUUUUGGGUCAUUAUGGCACAUGUUGUGGUUCUAGUCGCUUUGGCCGCCGCAUUGCCGGAGCGGAAACGUGAGCGCGCGGUGAAUAAUGAUUUAGAAAAAUGAAGACGUAAGAUUAUAUACCAUAGAUAAUGUAUCUGCGCUUAAGUAUUACUAAAAUAGUUGCGUUCCUCAUCACAUUUUGAGCGAAAGAAUCACUUAAAACCAAAAAUUAAUCGAAAGACUCAUCGAAUUGUACAAAUACUGUUAAUUUUAGCUGAAAUAUUUUUCUACCAGAAAUCUACAUGCUUAUGGGAUUAUAUAAAUAGAAUCGCUCUCAGCAUUCAUUUUAGUUCAGUGUCAUUGCUAGUAUUAGAUUUUAGUGUUAAUAAAUUUGUAAUUUUCGUUUUCAAUU